UCGCCCUGCGCCGCAGGCCUGCGGGUCGAGCUUUCGCUGUUGGGGCUGCGGACUCCUUGACCCUGUCUGCGCCGGAGCUGCCCGGGGCCGCGCCGCGCUCCGCCUGCAGACAUGGGAAAGUCUUUUUCUCAUUUACCUUUGCAUUCAAAUAAUGAAGACACCUAUGAUGGACUCACAUCAACUGAAAAUAUCAGGAAUGGAUUGAUUAAUAAUGAAGUCCAUAAUGAAGAUACAAGAAAUGGAGAUGUCUCUCAGUUUCCAUAUGUGGAAUUUACAGGAAGAGACAGUGUCACUUGCCCCACUUGUCAAGGAACAGGAAGAAUUCCUAGGGGGCAAGAAAAUCAACUGGUGGCUUUGAUUCCAUAUAGCGAUCAGAGAUUAAGACCAAGAAGAACAAAACUGUAUGUGGUGGUUUCCGUGUUUGUCUGUCUACUCCUUUCUGGAUUGGCUGUGUAUUUCCUUUUCCCUCGCUCUAUUGAUGUGAAAUACAUCGGCGUUAAAUCAGCAUACGUCAGUUAUGAUGUUCAAAAGCGUAUGGUAUAUUUGAACAUCACUAACACAUUAAAUAUAACAAACAAUAAUUUCUAUUCUGUUGAAGUUGAAAACAUCACCGCUCAAGUUCAGUUUUCAAAAACAGUUAUUGGAAAGGCACGCUUAAACAAUAUAACCAAUAUUGGUCCACGGGAUAUGAAACAAAUUGAUUACACAGUACCUACUGUCAUAGCAGAGGAAAUGAGUUAUAUGUAUGAUUUCUGUACACUGAUAUCCAUCAAAGUACAUAACAUAGUGCUCAUGAUGCAAGUUACAGUGACAACAACAUAUUUUGUACACUCUGAACAGAUAUCCCAGGAGAGGUACCAGUAUGUUGACUGUGGAAGGAACACAACUUACCAGUUGGGACAGGCUGAAUAUCUAAAUGUACUUCAGCCACAACAGUAAAAACUGAAAGAAUUGUCCCUGGAAAAGAAGAAAUGCUUUAUUGAUAUUUUCAAAUUCUCAAAGACGAGGUACUUCUAAUAGGAGAUCUUAAAUUGAACAAACCUAAAGUUUACAUUCCUGUUUAAAGAAUACAGUUAAAAGUAUGUGAACUUGGAGUUACUACAGUUCCCCCUUCUGUGUUCGUAAUGUUUGUAUCAGGCUCUUUUACUUAAAUCUAAAUUUACUGAUUGGUUUUCUUCUAUACCCUGUUCCCAGAGGGGAAAACAGAAAUUUUUACUUGAAGGACAAUAAAUAAAUAUUUAAAAAUCAGAGCUCCAGUGGCUAUUGAAAAUAUAAUUUUAGUGAUGAGCAUAAUUUGAGAAACUUUAUUUCUGAAAGUUUUUAUAGAAUUUUACUAAGUCUUCAUGGAAGACUAUUAAAGAAUAAUCUUCUUUUCCUAUUUUAUAAAUUACCAUUGCUACAUGGUAGUAUUUCAGCUACAUGAUAUUUUUUAGCUUUUAGCUAAAUGUUUUUAGUUUUUCAUUUAUUGAAAUUCUUAUUUACAUGUUUUUGUUCGUCUUAUGUUAAGCCAGUGCUUGUAUUAACACUUAUAAACCAAAUAAUCUUUGCAAAAUUCUGUACUUAAAGUUUUAAAAAGCACCUAAAUAAUGUAUUUCACAUCUCUUUCCAUGUUACAAUUUUUUUUAAUUUUUUGUGUGACUUCAUAGUAAUUUAAUGUACAAUAUUGUAAAUAAACUUGUGCAUGGUUUUUAUAUAGCUUGAAUAAUGUCAUAUAAAAUAAUAACAGUUUCAAAGUAAAGUAAGUUGCUUGUAAAAAUAAAUAAAAUAGGAAAAUGAAAUUCAGAAACCUAUGGAGUAUGAAUAUGAUUCCAGUUAUAUAUCGAAUCAGGAACAAAGUGGAUUUGGGAUAGAUUAUUUUGAUGCUCCACUUGUUUUAAAUCUUGCUUUUCAUAUUAGAGAAUUGUGAAGACAAUUUUUUUCAUAGCCAUUAGAUGUACAAGUCAUCAGUUUUAUGAAUGCAGUAGAGGAAAAAUUAUUUCUUUGGUUGAUUGGUAGAAAUUUUGCCAUUAAAUUAUAGUGGUUAUGUCAAAGUAAACCUAUAUCCAAUUAAACUUUUAGUUACUUUUCAUAUCACAUGGAUAUCAUACCUCUUGGAGUUACAUUUUAAAAGUUUUCUACUUUGGGUUUGAAUAUUAUUUAAAACUGUUUUCAGAUAUAAGUUAUUGACUUGCUCACUUUGCUGUUUAUAUUUUCAGUACCAUUUUUCAUUUGGGCUUUUUGUCUGUUCACUUACUAAGUCCCACGUACUUUUAAAAUAUAUACCACUGAGCUUAGAGGCUGCCUAUGAUACCAAAAAAAGUAAAAGUGGCUUGAGAUUAAUUUAUUUCUAUUCCCUUGUGACAGAAAGUAAUUCCUCCCACCCCUCAAAAGUGCCUAACACAUCUGAAACAUACAUUAUUUAUCUACUCUCUCAACUGUAAUGCAUAAACUUUAUUUAAUUAUUUAGAGAUAAUAAAGCUCACCUUUCUGCCUUUUAACACACUCAAGCCUCUCCUUAACUUUCCUCUUAAAUGAGCAUUUUAAUCAGUGCAGUAUGCUAACUUCAUUAUUUUUUAUUUUACUACUCAGUCUUCUCUUAAUCCAUCAAUAACUCAUUUAUCCCAUUCUUAUAAUUAAGAAGAUACACCUUUAAAUACAUUAUGGUUUCUAGUGAAAAUCUUUAUUUUAAUUUUUUUCUUCUGUUAUUUUUUUUUACUAUUUUUUGAGUAUUCCCAUACUCUUUGAAUUUGCACUUUGCCAAUGUAUUGGUUAUAUUUAUAUUUUUCAAAUCAUUCUCUUCAUUUUCUCUCAUUCCCUAUCAUUUUUUUUUUAGUUUUAACAUUGCUGUUUAUUGAAGAAAAAUGAUAGUUUCAAACUUAGUUGACAGUCUUUUACUGAAUAUAAUCUAAACUCUUGCCUAAAAUUUCUACUCCUGUGACUUCAAUAACUAUCUGUUGUAGGGCUUCCAGAUGUUUCUACAGACCUAGCCAGUCCUCUAUCUAGUUUCCUCACCUAUAGAGUGACCUAGUGUAAUAGUAGUUCAGUGACUCUGUGUAAAAUAAAAAAAAAAAAAGUUAACAUUUUUUUACUACAUUGUUUUACUUUUACCUUGUCCUCAUGUCCCAUUUAUUUCAAAAUCACCAUUUCUUCAGAAUCAUCCUUCAAAUGUUUCAUUCAAAAAAUCAAUCUUGAUUUAUUUUCCUGCUUUUUAUAAUCAAGGAUGGCAUGUUUUAUAAAUUAAAUCCAUUUUCCUGUUUUGUGAUUUUUAUCACAUUUUAGAGUGCAUGCAUAAUAUCUACUGAAGAAAAGAGGGAACAUUUGCUUUUAGUGACUUUGUCUGAAAAUACCUUUUCUUCAUUCUUUAAAUUAAAAAUUCUUUGUUAUACCUGUUGAGUUUGUCAGAAAAGAAACUAGAAUUUAAAAUAAAAAUUUGUAGUAAAGAAAUAUAGAUCACCUGUGACCACUUUCAGAAAGUAUUAAAUAGUUGCCAGAAUAAGCCUAGAAAAAAGCAGGCUGUAAAUUAGUAGAACUACAAAAACAUAUUCAAAUGAAGUGGAUUUAUUGCCAAUAAAAACAUCUGGAAAGAAUGAAUGAGGUUUUAACUUUUCUUAGGUUAAUGUCUAUCCUUACAUGGUAACAGAAUAGGUGCCAGUGUAGUCUAAAAAAACACUGCUGUCAGAUCUUAGCCAAAGGACAGGAAAGCGGUGUUACAAAUUUUUCCUGAUCCUUCCAAGAAUAACAUUCCCUUAAAUUACACCUUUAAUUAGCUAGUCAUUCUACCUAAAUCUAAUACUAUGACAAACUUCUGUGUAUUGCUAUUACACAUGUAUAAUAGCACUUUGCCACUUCUGAGCUCUUUCAUGUUUUUCUAACAUGAUUUCCCACAGACCUGAGAACAGUAAGCUCCUCAUCUUACAGAAGAUAAGGAGAGGAUGAAAAGUUGAGGGACUUGCUGAAAAUCACUUAUCAAGUGGAUUCAGUGAAUUAUUUUUUUGGAAUCAGACCUUGUUUUGUUUUUGUUUUUGUAUUCCAUAUAUAUACUCUGUCAUUCAAAAUAUACUUGGCAAGCCCUGCUGGAUUCAAGUUAGAAUGAUUGAAAAUUAGAGAAACUGAUUAGCUGAUAGUGAAAAUCAGAAUGGUACUGAUAGACAAAGACUUAGGAAACUAAGUUGGUAUCUGACAUAUUUUAAGUGAAAAGUAACACACGCAAAACAUUUUAGUGCAUAAUCUAUAGCUUGAUUUUUUUUGUUAAAAUUUAGUAUUCCUUGUUCAUUUCAAUAAAGAUAUAACUGAUGUGUUUUCAGAAUAGGUUAUUUGUAAAUAACAGAGGUUAAUAUGUUUGAGAUUUGAAAUAAGAAAAGCGUGAACAUAUUUGAUAACAGAUAAAUUGUUUAAAAUUGCUAAAAAGCUAUCUUUAUUGUAGUGUAUAACAUGUAAAUGAUUAUGGAUUUAUCUGUGUGCAGUUUUUCAAUGCCUGUUUUAUUUCUUUGGGCCAAUCAAAUAAUUAUUUUCAUUAAAAUUUAUGACAAGAAAAUAUAAUUCACUUCAAAUCUUCUAAAUGGUUGAUUGGAAAUGAUACGGUGGUGUCAUUUUGAUACUCAGAAUUUUAGAAACUAGAAUUCUGGGAGAUACUGUGUCAGCUGUAGUGUUAAAAUAGGAAGCAACACCAAAACACAGUAAAAAUAACUGAGGUGACUUCAGUCAUUAGCCUAAUAAAUCCUUUGUAGUUCUUAACUUUAUCAAUAUUGCCAUAAAAUUCUGGAUGUUUCUUUGGAGGGCAUAUCCCCAAACACUACAUUGUUUGGUUUAUAAAGUUUUGAAAAUAUGCUAGUUCUUUAUAUAAUCAUUAUUUAUUGAAUAAUAGAUACUUGACUCCAAUGUAAGUCAUUGCUCAAUAUAACUUAUAUUAUUUACUUAUGGUGUCAGAUACUAUACUAGUCUUUUUUGUGCAUUAUUCUGUUAUUCCUCAAUGAACCCUCUAAACUCUACCUUAAAGGCCUGCUUUCAUUGCCCCCUCUCUUAUACCAGAGGAAAUUGAGUUGUGAAGAGUUGGAAAUGUCCAUUAGCUUGAAAGGCAAAUUUGAUAUUCAAAUCAUGAAUGUGACUCAAGCAUCAUUGAUCUCAAAACUAGCAUAUUUUCUUUCUAGCCUUUGAAAAUGUUUUAUUUAUAAAAAUACAUUUGUUGUAUUUACUGUAUUAGACUUUGAGAUUUUGAUAGUAUUUUAAAAAAUAUUAUAAUUUUCUAGUCUUUGGUAUAAUAAAAAUGUGUAUCAUGAUUUUAAGACUAUUCAUACUUAACUGUUAGAAUUUUUCCUCUUAAAAAUGUAAAGUUUUAAAUUUAUAAAAAUAUGCAGUGUUCUUUGAUAAGUGGUAUGAAUUGAAUUUCAAGUUAUGAAGUUGUAAGGCAAAAUUUACUUAACCAUUAUGUGAUUAUUUGGCUUACAAAGUCUGAAAGCUGUAACUACUUGGCUCAAAGCAAUUAAUUUUAUUUCUCUCUUUUUGUGAAAUCAGAUUUUUUAAUGAGUUGUUUAUCUUAAACUUUUAUUUUAAGAAAAAAAAUGUGUGUUUUAGAAGGUGGGGUAAAAAGACUUAAGCAUUAUUUCCUCAAAAGUUAUUUUUACAUUAAAAUAUAUUUGUGAUAUGCACCAAUCAAAAACUUCACUCCAGUAUCCCAGAUCUGCUUAUUUCAAGGUGAAGAGUUUUCACUUGUGAGCUGAAAUUUAGAACUAGUAUUUGUGUGUUUUUGUGCUUAGAAUAGAAAUUUCACCGUGGAUUUUGGAAAUUCAUCCUCAGUUUGGAUAAAAGCAAGUGAUGUAUUUAUAAAGUUACUAUAAAAAUAAAAAUGGUAAUUUCCAUUUUUUUAAAAACAAUAUGAUUAUGUAUGUAGUUCUUUUUACAUGUGUUUAGUAUAGGCUCUGAAUUGAAAAAUAAAGUAUGGUCUGUAUUGACCCCAAAAAUAUGCCAUAAAUUAGUUUAACAAAUGUAUGGAAAGUUUUUCAUAGUUUAAACCUAACUCUUCUAGAAGGAAAUUGUUGCCUUCUGUGGAAUUACAUUAAUUGAAAUGUGUUUAAGAGAAAUGUUUUCAGCAUAUUUUGUAUACUAAGAAACAAAAAGGAUUAGUAUUGGGCCAAUGGCCAAGAGGUAAUAUUACUACCAUGUAGACUGUUACAGUUCAAAUUGUCCCACUUCCCCCAGAAUUUUAGAAACUAGAAGUCUGGGAGAUACUACGUCAGCUGUAGUUGGGUGAUUCUAUGUGCUGUAAGUACUACUCAUCUUAUAGUUAUUGUGUGAGAUGGAACAAAUGCCAAGUUGCAAAGGAUACAUAAUUUCAUUAUGUAAUGGUUUGUUUAGGCAUAAAAUAUCAGCAAGCUAUACCUUGUGUGUUUUGUCUGUAUUUCCUUAUAGAACUGAAAUAAAGAUUUUGCAAAAUGAUUUGAAAUGCUUGCUGACUUGACCUGCUGGGUCAGAUAUUUGAAUGAUAUUAAUGGGUAGUUUCUCACCCUUGAUUCUAAUGUGGAAUACAGAAUAAUAUAGAAUGUGAGACUAUACUUGGGCACUUGCCCUUUGCUUAUAUUGUAUAAUGGCCCUCUGUCAUGACACUAAAUUUUCAAGUUGAGCAGUUCUGUAAUUGUAACUCUUGUUGCUGUUCAUGUAGCAUAACAUGCUUGUGAUAGCAAAAGACUAGAAAUGUCCUCAAAAUGCUAUUUUUUAAAUUGAGUUGUAACUGUUACUCUUAUAGUUGUGUGACAAUAAAAUUUGUAAGAAUUUUAGCAUGAAAAAUAAAAUUUGUAUCCGUCAUGUAUCCUGUCAUGCUUUUGAAUUCCCUUGACAUAAACAAGUUCAUAGAAAUAUUGAAAGUCCUUUAGCUUACAGCUCUUAAAAACUCCACUUUAGUAUCAUCUUUGAUUUCUUUUUAUCUACUUAGCUUCCAAUCUGUGCUAAAUUCUGUCUGUUCUUUCUCUGUAAUAUCCCUCAAAUUUGACUUACACUUGAAAUCUCUAAUGCUUUCACAUCCUGGCUUUUAAUGAAGAAAAGCCUGAGUCUUCGCUGCGAUGUUGAGAACAUUUCAUUGUCCAUGCACAACUUAAAUUCAGUCUUAUGCCCCCUCACUGUGUUCCACCCAAACUGAAAUGUUGGCCAUUUCUUGGAAACAGUUAUUCAUCAAUGCAUUGUUCAUUCUGUUCUUUUCCUUAGAAAAAAAUAC